CUUAUAAAAGCUGGCGCGACUCGUGUUGCAGCCUCACUAUCAAACCAAAGUGCAAGCGUAACGUUUCGUCAACUAUUUCGAAACUUAGUGUCAUUUUUACGGUUUUUGUGAAAAAGAAGAGAAAUUUUAUUUGUCAUCAUGAGAUCGAGAGUGACAAUUAUUCCAAAACUAAUGUCUCAAUGGUGGGAGACACUUGAGCGACCACAUCGUCUUCUGGAUCAACAUUUUGGAUUGACUAUGAAUCCAGAAAAAUUUUUGAGAUCGAAUUUUAACAAAAGACUUCCUGCAUCCUAUGUGAGACCAUUGGAGGAAUUUUUCCACGACGACGACUUCUGGAGAGAUGACGAUCAUGGAUAUUCAGUUGUCAAGGCGGAUAAAGAUAAAUUUCACGUCGCCCUGGAUGUCCAGCAAUUCAAACCCGAAGAAAUAAACGUGAAACUUGUGGAUAAUUGCAUUGUUGUCGAAGGAAAACACGAAGAGAAAAGAGACGAUCACGGUUUCAUUACACGACACUUUAUUCGAAAAUACGUCGUACCAGAGCAGUGUGAAGCGGAAAAAACCACAAGUUUACUUUCUUCCGAUGGUAUUUUGACAAUUUCGACUCCAAGAAAAGCGGAGGCAAUUGAAGAUUUGAAGGAAAUUCCCAUAAAAGUUGAGAACACUGGAAAACCUGCCAUUGAAAAGAAAGAAGAGCCACAGGAAAAGCAAAGGGUCUCUGCGAGUAAUUAAUACCUUCCAUUUUGUGAUAUUUUCCAAGACAUCAAUAUUAUUAGGAUUUUGGAAAAAAAAACAUUGUGCCAUUUGUGUCAUUUUUCAUUUCAUCUAUAAAAUUAAGAGUUCGGUACAUUUAAUUCAUCGAAAUAACGAUUGAAGUGUGUAUGAUUUUUUUGUAAUAAGUACAAUCGUCGAUUUUUUUUUAGUGUUAUUACAUUUGUAGAGCAAAAAGUAUUAAUAAAUCUUGUACAUUAAAUUUAAAA